UCAUUCUUUGUUUUCCGUGAUGAUAUCAUGACUCCGUAGCCCUGCAGCUUGGGCUUUAGAGAGAUUGAGCCAUCGAGUUACAGAGCGGGGGAGAAGGCUAUCCAGUCUCCCAGCUGCAUGCUCUCUAAUAACCAAAGCCUCGGAGAAGAGAGGAGAGGGAGAGGGAGGGGGACUCAAUAGGGAGGCAAUGAAACGGACUCAUCCGCGUAACUAGACACUACCAGUCCAGUUCAGUGUUCAGAGCAUGCGAGAGCGAAGCUCGACCAACCGCAUUCAGUUAUAUCUACAAAGGAAUAGAGAGGGAGACAAUUGAAGUGUUCCAGCCUAGGGAGGCGGCGAGGAAAGGAGCAAGACAUAGCCUACUGGCGGCUUUCGAGCGUCACGGGCAUAUACACCCCGUGUCCAGAAUUUACGGCCAUUCUUGGCAUCAGCCUGUUGUACAAAAUUGCGGAUUUAUAACUGAGUGAAUUCGGGGAUAGUCAUCGACAGUCCUAUCCUUCACAAUGAAGAAAAACAAUUCAGCUAAACGGGGCCCGCAGGACACAAACCAGCACAAUACGCAGCCAGACAAAAUCGGUUGGAUUCGCAAGUUCUGUGGCAAAGGGAUAUUUAGGGAGAUCUGGAAAAAUCGUUUUGUAAUACUCAAAGGGGACCAACUUUACAUCUCAGAGAAAGAGGUGAAGGAUGAGAAGAAGAUCCAGGAGGUGGUUGACCUGACGGAUUACGAGCGUUCUGAGGAGCUCCGCAAGGCCAAGAGCCGCAGCAAGAAGAACCACAGCAAGUUCACCCUGCUGCGCUCCAGAACCCCAGGCAACACGGUCCCAAACCUGGUGUUCCUGGCUGUUAGUCCAGAGGAGAAGGAGUCCUGGAUAAACGCCUUAAAUGGAGCAAUCACCAGAUCCAAGAACAGCAUCCUGGAUGAGGUCAUGGUUGAGGAUGAAAAUCUUCUGUCCCAUCUCACACGGGACAGGGCUAAGAUCCCUCACACACGGCGCCUGCCUACACGAGGACACAUCAUGGCUGUGGCCUCCACUUCUACCUCUGACGGCAUGUUGACCCUUGACCUGAUCCAGGAGGAGGACAGCCCCAGCACAGACGGCCAGGACACCUGUGACAAGAGCUUCCGGGCCAACCUGGACAAAUCCACUCAGCUCGACUGCCUCAGGUCCAAAACAGAGGGUGCCAUCAGUAGCAUCUGUCUAACGCCUCCCACAGAGGUCACUGGGAAGUCCCAAAGCCUGCCGCGCGUUACCGGGGUCACCUGGGACGAUAAACAGCAACUUCAGAGCCCGAUGGGGAAGUCCUGCACUCCUCAGCCAGGCAAGAGGCUCACACCGGCCGAGAAAAGCCGCUGCGCCUCCAUGGACGAGAUCCUCUCACACUCCGGGACGCAGGCCACCAAACCCAGGACAUCCAUCCCCCGCUCUGCCACCUCUGCCCCCCCGGGCAACCUGCCGCCCAUCAGCCAGCUGCAGGACCUAAUCGCUCAGAAGCUGGAGAGAACUCAGGAGCUGCUGAUGCAGGUGCAGGGGGCGAAGGGGGAGGAGGUGGAGCGGGGGAAGGGGAAAGGGAAGGACUCGCCAGGUUCCAAGGGCUCCAAGGGUUCCUCGGACGGGGCCCGGGCGGAGGCAGAGAGGCUGCUGAAGGAGGCAGCAUCCACAUGGGGUCAAGCCAAGGAUGUUCUAGAGGAGGUGAAGGAGCUGAGGGCGCUCUACCGUCAGCUGGACUCGCUGCCCACCACCCCUGCCUCCCUCUCACCCCUCACACCCUCCAACAGUGGCAAGCAGACUGACUACAGGAAGAGCAUGAUGUGACCGUCAGAGAACUCAACACAGACUGGACUAUGAAUCCCUGAGCAAAAAAACAACUCAACAUGCAAAGCCACAAUAUUGUUAAAUAUGUCUGUUUCUCUCCUUCUGUGUUCUGUCACUUUAUUGAUGCUGUGACAAAGUGAGGGCAUACAGUUGCCCAACGACGUCCCCUUUUCUUGACCACUGUGCCCUUACAUGUCUGCUUGAUGAAGGGUGUGAGGGGCAAAGGGAAGGGGCCAAUCUAGGGACUCAGGUACAUGUUGGCCAGGGAGUCUCUCUGUAUUGACAUGCUGAUGAAAGACCUUGUGAUACUGCAGUGUCGGGUGUUGUUUUCCUCUGCGUUGGUUGUCAAAGAGGGAAUGUUGCAAGGUUUGGGCGGGGAAUCAGAAGGGCUCUGCUCUCCAGGGACAGACACACAGUGGUUGAGGAUGACUCAGAUUACAGGAAGGGAAACAUGGUGUCCAGACCAGCCCGUAUGUUGGGAAUGUCAAUGUUUUCCUUUUUCUGUUACACAACACACUGGAAGGUUGGUCUGAGCCAGAUUCCCAACGACCACCACUCUAAAAACCAACAGCAGCCCACCGUACAGUACAGCAUUCUCCCUCCCUCCCUCUGCUGCUCUGGGAAUGGAGCUCAGUGGACUCCUCAUCUCUGCUGGUCCAUUAUGAUUCACAGGGACGAGGGGAACCAGUUCACAUAGUCAGAACUCACUGGCGUUCCAUAGGGUGUUUCUGUCUGUUCCAUGAGCCAUAUGAUACAGUCAAAAUGGAGGACGUCUGUCUGGGUUGUGUUGUUACUAGAUGGUACAUACUAGGACAGGGCUGUUCCUUUCCUGUAGGCCGACAGCCAGUUGUCUUCAGCCAGUUGCCACUGCAGCCAUUGAUUCUCAUGCUGCUCUAGAGCCAUGGAGCCGGGAUGGCGUCUGUGUGUGUCUGGUGUGAGUGGUGAUGAUCAUGCUACUGUAGAGCCAUGGAGCCGGGAUGGCGUCUGUGUGUGUCUGGUGUGAGUGGUGAUGAUCAUGCUACUGUAGAGCCAUGGAGCCGGGAUGGCGUCUGUGUGUGUCUGGUGUGAGUGGUGAUUAUCAUGCUACCGUAGAGCCAUGGAGCCGGGAUGGCGUCUGUGUGUGUCUGGUGUGAGUGGUGAUGAUCAUGCUACUGUAGAGCCAUGGAGCCGGGAUGGCGUCUGUGUGUGUCUGGUGUGAGUGGUGAUUAUCAUGCUACUGUAGAGCCAUGGAGCCGGGAUGGCGUCUGUGUGUGUCUGGUGGGAGUGGUGAUUAUCAUGCUACUGUAGAGCCAUGGAGCCGGGAUGGCGUCUGUGUGUGUCUGGUGUGAGUGGUGUUUAUCAUGCUACUGUAGAGCCAUGGAGCCGGGAUGGCGUCUGUGUGUGUCUGGUGUGAGUGGUGAUUAUCAUACUACUGUAGAGCCAUGGAGCCGGGAUGGCGUCUGUGUGUGUCUGGUGUGAGUGGUGAUUAUCAUGCUACUGUAGAGCCAUGGAGCCGGGAUGGCGUCUGUGUGUGUCUGGUGUGAGUGGUGAUGAUCAUGCUACCGUAGAGCCAUGGAGCCGGGAUGGCGUCUGUGUGUGUCUGGUAUGAGUGGGAGGCAUGACAUAGAGGUCAGAUGCAGUAUUGAGGAGAGGAACCACUUGUAAGUGAUUUGCUAAAAUAGUAAUAAUAACAGAAUUGCACUAUAAGGCUGUAAAUAUGUAAAACAAGAGGAUGAAACUGGUGGAAACUGGAGAGAACAGAUGUGUCUAAUGUGGCUUUUCAUUCUGUUCUACAUAUUUGUGAGGACAAUCUAGUGUUUCUAGAAACAUACAGGCUGCAUCGUUCCAACGCCUUGAUACCUAAGACAGUCACUCAACUCGCUACUCUAUGAAAAUCUGAGCUUCUCAAAGGUACAAUGUGUGUAAACAAUGCUGUUGAUGAAUGCAUCCCUCCGGCUAGCUAACAGUGAUGCUAAUGCUUGACCUCUGACCUCCCUGUCCUACUUAAGGACUUAUGGGGUUUAUGGCAGAGAAGAGAGCUAUGCAACGUAGCACGAACACACACAACCACAAUGAGAGAGAGAGAGAGAGAGAGAGAGAGAGAGAGAGAGAGAGAGAGAGAGAGAGCGGCCGAUGGACUCGCCUGAUCAAACAUCCAGUGCGUCUCUCCAGAGCACCCCGCCUUGUUUUAUAGUCAGUAGCUACAUAUGUUAUGUGUUUGCACAGUGCUGUGGAAAUGGUUCGCUCUGGACUGUCAGACAGACAACAAAAACAGUGUUAUGAUUAUGUUGUUAUCAUUGUUUGUGUUUUUUAUUUGUUUAAAAUGCUUUUGUAGGAUGAUUUAAGGCACGCUUUAGAGAAGAAAAUGGCCGGGGCAUUCUAGAACGUUCAGGCUCUUAGAAUGCUCAACUGGAAACUCUGCAUAUUGUAGUGUUACUCUGUUUGUUCAACCAACAACCACAACCCAAUAACAGAAGUCAAAAAUCAUUAACGUUGAAGUUGGAUAUGGACAUAAAAGAGGGUGAGGUGAGAAAGGUAUGUUAGAAAGAACACAACAGGAAACAUUUAACUGAGUAGGCCAUAAACAAUAUUUUUACUAGUACGUCUAUUAUUGUUGUUGUUAUUUCGUUUUAUCUGGGAUGAAGUACUAUCUUGUGUGAGGCUGAACACAAAACCUGACUAUGUGCAAUCCUGAAAACAUUGAUAUGACCGCCGAUGCACUGUACAUACUCGGAGCAGUUUGAAUCAUCUCAAAGGAUGUUGCUGUAUUUUCUUAUUGCGUUGCAUUAUGAUGGAGACGGAAGUGGCUUUGCUUUGCACUGAAGUUCAUCACUUCUGGACUGUCAAAGUACUUGAGACAUAACCACUUGUGCAAUUAUAACAAUCAGCCUAAUUCAGACAACCAGUGUUCUACAUUGAAUGUUUGCUUUUUAAAGUCAAAACCUAGCCUGAGAAUUGUAAUAAAAUGAUUUUUGUAUGUCCAUUCAGAAGAAUACCCUACUGGAAUAUAGGGCUGGUUUUCAUAGGAAAUGCUGAGGUAGGAAGUGAUUGAUCCAAGCAUUGUUUUUAUGGCAGCAAUAAUACCAUCUUCAAGCUAUGCCAAAGAUAAUAUGGCUGUACAAGGAAAUAAAACUAUUCCCAUUGAAAUACUUUGAUAAUGUAAAUAAGGAUGUUUCAUAUUUUCUAGUUGACAAUGUGAAUGUCAGCCUACUUGUUCUGACAACCAUACCACAUGUUGUGUGAAAUGCUUGGUCACACCAACUCCAACCUUAAUAAUCCAUCAAACACCAAGUCAAUUUACCCUCUUCUACAGCUGGCAAUGCGUUCUGGGAUAUAAUAAUAAUAUAAUAUAUGCCAUUUGGCAGACAGUUUUUAUGUAUGGGUGGCCCCUGGAAUCGAACCCUCGGGUAUGGCAGUACAAGCAGCAUGCUCUACCACCUGAGCCAUACAGGACCAGGAUACAGGAUCUGUGGCCACAAGUUGUGAAAUCCAGCCAAUAUUGGCAACACAUGGUCACACACAAACGCAUAACAUUCAAUCAUGACUGUUUUCUUAUUUCUGUAAGGUGAAAUGUCUUCCUUCGUUUUAUGUAUGACAUGUUAUGUUGUCAUAUUUUCAGUUUCCAUUCCAAUUUUGUUCACCAAAUGUGGGUCUGGCACCAAAACAGCCUUAAAUACCAAGAGGAAUAGAGAAAAGUUACUCAGCAACUACAAUGAUUGUCCCCCAGCUAUUUACAACACCAUAAUUCUUGUGCAUUAUGGAUGAGAUGAAGAUUGUACCAUAGGAAUACAAUAGCAGAGUAUGAGCUAGGUGGAUUACUAGAUGGGAAUGGAGAAGGCAUUGUACAUUGUACAGGCAUUGUACAGACUCAAGAGGUUUAAAUCCUGCUCCCUCAGGGUUCCAUUUUAAUAAAUUGUGCUAAACAAAAGAAA